CGUGGUGUAUGCAGCUGCUGCGUUCAAGUGGCGCAGUGUCCCGUGUAGACUCGGCAGAGAGGGCGAACUUUCACACUGCAUUGCAGCCUGAGCGGCGCUGCUGCCGGAAUCACACACAACAAUGGCGACUCCCAGUCCCGACAGCAACUUCGGCAGCUACAGCAGCUCCGGCAGCGUAGGAUCCACGUCGCACAGUUUCCACCAGCAGCAGCACACACAGAGCAGCAGCAUGCAAGAAACCAACACCUGCUGGAGAUGUCAGAAUGAAACAGGGUUUCAGAUAAGCCUGUCUGGAGUGUCCCAACGUAAACGUAAAGCUCUGAAGCUGAAUUUCGCCAACCCUCCAGUGAAACCAGCCUCCAGGCUCCCGCUCCAUCCACCGCCUCCCUCUUUCCAGAACCCUCACAUAGAGCGUCUGCGGACACACAGUAUCGAGUCGUCGGGGAAGCUGAAGAUCUCUCCGGAGCAGCAUUGUGACUUCACGGCGGAGGAUCUGAGAGACCUCGGGGAGAUCGGUCGCGGGGCGUACGGCUCCGUCAACAAGAUGGUCCACAAACCCACGGGCCAGAUCAUGGCUGUCAAGAGGAUUCGCUCCACUGUGGAUGAGAAGGAGCAGAAGCAGCUGCUGAUGGAUCUGGACGUGGUCAUGAGGAGCAGUGACUGUCCCUACAUCGUUCAGUUCUACGGCGCUCUCUUCAGAGAGGGCGACUGCUGGAUCUGUAUGGAACUCAUGGCUACCUCAUUAGACAAAUUCUACAAAUAUGUUUAUUGUGCAUUGGAUGACGUCAUUCCGGAGGAAAUACUAGGCAAAAUAACAUUAGCGACCGUUAAAGCACUGAACCACUUAAAAGAAAACUUGAAAAUAAUUCACAGAGACAUCAAACCUUCCAACAUUCUCAUGGACCGAGCGGGGAACAUCAAGCUGUGUGACUUUGGCAUCAGCGGUCAGCUGGUGGACUCCAUCGCUAAGACCCGGGACGCCGGCUGCCGGCCUUACAUGGCGCCUGAGAGGAUCGACCCCAGCGCGUCCAGACAAGGCUACGACGUGCGCUCUGAUGUCUGGAGCCUGGGAAUCACUCUGUACGAGCUGGCCACAGGACGGUUCCCGUACCCAAAGUGGAACAGCGUGUUUGAUCAGCUGACUCAGGUGGUGAAAGGUGAGCCUCCGCAGCUCAGCAGCUCUGAGGAACGCCAGUUCUCCCCCAAGUUCAUCAGCUGUGUCAACCUUUGCCUUACCAAGGAUGAAUCCAAACGGCCAAAGUACAAGGAGCUUCUGAAACAUCCCUUCAUUCUGAUGUAUGAAGAGCGUUUCGUGGACGUCGCCAGUUACGUAUGUCGCAUCCUGGAUCAGAUCCCCGCCUCGCCCAUCUCGCCUAUGCUCUGCUUGGCAGCUGAGGAUCAGAUCGCUUGGUGCACAAUGAGUCCUGCUGCUCCUCAGCAGCCCGCCACAGCACUCUGACCACAGACAGGCCCAAUGGGACAUCGUUAAAAAUCCUGGCAAGGGUUUCCUGUCGACAACCCACAAAUGCUGCUAAAUGACAUAAUGUCCACUUUUGUACCAACCACACCCCUGCCAGCAGAGGACGAGGAUCUGUCCUCACAUGGUCCCAGCAUGUUCCUCCGGGACUCGCCACGUCUCUCUGGCUCGCACUGAUGAUGAUGGAAUGUGUCCCACGCCAAACCAUAUACCAAACUCGGGAUGCAUCUCCAUAGUCUAACAGCCGCUCCCUCACCUGUCUUCCUUCACCAGGCGACGCCGCAACUCAGACUACCAAAAUGCAGUGGCUGCCGCCGCUGCUCCCUCCAUCACACAGUUAGCUACUUAACCAAUGUCUGAAUGGAUGGUGGUCCUUCCACACUGGGCAAUGUAGAGACUUGUAAUGUCAUAAAUGAAUUUAGUGGUAAGGAUGGCAAUAUUUAUAUUUUAAUGUAACACUGAAUAUUGCCAGCCUUAUCUGUUAACCGCGUAAACUAAUAACGUAAGUAAAGUUCAUUUCAUGCAACACAGCCUAUAAUAAGCAAAGAGGUAUACAGAGACUUAAGUCAGCUGUUGACUUUCUCAAAAUCAGUUGGAGGACAUUUCUGAGUCUGUUGGAGUUGAUCACCUUUGCUGUUUGGCUUUACAUUUAGUUUCAUUACAUUAAAGGAAUUGCCGUACUUAAAGGGCCACUCCAGCCAUUUUAGUAUUGUACUUUCAUAAAGUUGAGAGUCUUGCAAGAGACAGAUUUAAAAAAAGCAAUGCAGCAAAGGCUCAAAUGUCCUGAUUUUAGUCCUUCAUAUGGGGUAAGCUUAAAAAAACAAUGACAAAUAAUUUUUUUCAGACUCGACAAGCUCCUCCAAAGCCACAGAAGACC